GCCGCUGGGUGAGGGCAGUGGGGUCUCCGCCGCCGCCCCGAGAGGGAAGGUUCCGUUGUCGCUACCUUCGCUAGCGCCGCGGCUCUGGCGGGAGGGCGCCUGCGCGCGUUCGGCUCUCCCGCCCAAGCGUCCGCUCGCGGAGGGCGGCAGGGGAGAGGCGGCCACAACGGACUGCGGUGGCGGGAGGGCCCUUGCCGCCCCCUCCUCCCAGAGGUGGAGUGAGGAUGGCGGCGCCUUCUUCGGACAAGGAGACGCAGGUUCGUCGUGAAAGCGUCUGAGGCGCCCGCCCUCCGCCGCCUUGUCCAGGGCAGGCGAAGCCUCCCGCCGCGCUAGGCCGCGGCUGGCUGGCCAGAGGAAAGAGGAGGGGCUGGGCCAACAUGGCCAGCCCCGGCAAGUGGGAGCGUCUGAGGCCGCUGCGGCCGGACACGCUGCGUGUGAGUGAGACACCAAUGAUCAACAUGAAUGUGGACAAAGACGUACGGUUUGUGAGAAGAACUCUGAAAGUCAGAAAGCCUCGAUUUGAUGCAUCUUUGGUUUAUUUGACACGAAAAUUCAUGGAUCUUGUCAGAACAGCUCCAGACGGUGUUCUUGAUUUAAAUGAAGUAGCAACAACACUUGGAGUACGAAAACGAAGAGUGUAUGACAUCACCAAUGUAUUGGAUGGAAUCCACUUAAUUCAGAAAAGAUCUAAGAAUCUUAUCCAGUGGAUAGGUUCUAAUCUUGACCACGUUGUUGGAAGAGCACCAGAAAAGCAAAGUCUUAAAGAUGAACUUUCUGACUUAGCAACCAUGGAAGAAGCUCUGGAUGAAUUAAUUCAUGAUUGUGCUCAUCAAUUAUUUGAGCUAACAGAUGACAAAGAAAAUGCAAAACUAGCUUAUGUGACCUAUCAGGAUAUCCGUAGCAUUCAGGCAUUUCAAGGACAGAUUGUGAUUGCAAUCAAAGCUCCAGAGGAAACCAAAUUGGAAAUACCAAUUCCUAAAGAAGAUUGCAUAGAAGUACGUGUGAAGAGCACAAAAGGACCCAUUGAUGUAUACCUAUGUGAGGUGGAACAAGAGCAGCCAGGUGCCAAAACUUUGGAAGAUAUGGAUACUGUCACUUAUGAAACUGAGAUAUCAGUUCCUCCUGAUGAAGUGAGAUCUCCAGUGGAAGAAAAACAGCACACCAUCUGAGAUGACAAAUUAAUUACAGCUCAAAAAUCUAAUACAGAAUGUAAAUAUCUAUUUUAUAGAACUUUUCCAAAGCUGCUCAGAUCUGCAAAGUUUGUAACUGAAAUGUUCCAAAGUGCUUUAAAUUUAAAAUAGCAGUGAGUUGGUGGAGCGCUUUCAGAGAAUUGCUUAUCUUUCCAAGUCAAAAGACAGGAGAGGAGUUCCUAGAGUUGCUUUUAGGAGCUUUGUUUUCAUAAUUGCAUGUGAUCCACAGAGCUUUGGGUCAAUGGUAUUUUAAGUUUAUUAAAUCAUUUUAAUUGACAGAAGACAUAGGUAAUUCUAAAAACUAAGAUUUUAAAACUAUUUCUGGAACGUUCCUCAAUUCUUGUGAAAAUGUAUAUAAUAAAGAAUGCACUUUUCUGUUCUGAGGCUGCACUACUGCUAAGCGGGAUUGUCAGAUAGGAGUGUAACAAAGAAAUAGCGUGUUCUUUAUAAGGAACAAGAUGUAAAUACAAUGAAUUAUGCCUUACACUGUGUAGAUGCUGUUUGCAUUGUUUGCAUCCAGCUCUACGUCAACUAUGGUAUCAACAGUGAAGUUAAAUAAAUGGGCAUUUUGUAUAUAUCUGUAUGAUGUCUGGGUAGUCACUGAUGUAGAUUUAUUGAGAUGGUCUGCAUUUCUGCCUUUGUACAGCAAAGAAAUAAAAUGAGCUUCUAAAACUACUGACUAGUCUAAUUGGUCAGUCUAAUGAAACAUCUUGGGU